AUGGCCCACAAGGUCCCGCCUAUCCCAUUAGUUUUCAACCCACCGACCCUCUGCCACCACAGAAUCGGAAACAUCAUCUUCGUUAUCCACUCUCCCCUCCUCUCAUUGUCCCGAGCAAUGCUUUCACGUGGCAUCGUCUCCCCCUUCCGAACCCCCACCCUUCCUUUCCCAACGACAACAUGCAAAUACUCCAUCUCCGACCAGGACCUCGAGUCCCGAGGCUUCUUCCUACGCCGCACCAUCUCCGACCUCAACCUCGACCACCUUAACUCCGUCUUCGUAGCUGUAGGAUUCCCCAGGCGUGACCCGGAAAAGAUCAAACUGGCACUGGAACACACGGAAUCCAUGCUUUGGGUUGAGUACAAGAAAACCCAGAAACCCGUUGCCUUUGCUAGAGCAACGGGUGACGGGGUUUUCAAUGCUAUAAUAUGGGACGUCGUGGUGGACCCUUCGUUCCAGGGAAUCGGGCUUGGGAAAGCUGUCAUGGAACGGUUGGUAGAGGAAUUGUUGGAGAAGGAUAUUUGUAACAUUGCAUUGUAUUCGGAGCCGAGGGUGUUGGGGUUCUAUAGGCCUCUCGGGUUUGUGGCUGAUCCUGACGGGAUCCGGGGCAUGGUCUACUGCCGAAAGCAGAGGAAGAAGAAAUGAAUACAGUAUUGUUUUCUUUCCAUUUUUUGUUUCUUCGAAUCAUGGUUACCAUUCAAUCAUUUUUAAAUAUUUAAACUCCAGUGUAAAAGAUAAUUAUCCAGACUUCAACAAAAAUUCAUAUCAGAAUAAAUUCCAGGCACAUUGCUUCAAGUUUGAGAAAGGAUAUUUGAUUAUGGAGUUGCACGUUAUGGUUGCUUGAUUA